AUGGCCGCCUCAGAUAAGCUCGUCCCGAACUAUGACAACGCCCUCCACCUCCUGUCCCUACUUCAGUCCAAUAAGAACAUCAUCAAUCUCUUCACCGCAGACCCAGGCUCACAAGCGGACAUCAAUGCAUCCGCCAUCCCAGAGAUGACAGCAUGGCUGUCCCGAGCUGGAUAUUCUCCCUCAGACCUGGCCCGCCUCCGCUGCAUCCACGUCGCCGGCACCAAAGGCAAAGGCUCCACGUGCGCCUUCACAUCGUCCAUCUUGCGCCAGUACCCCGAAGUUGCAGGGCGCGUGGGAACUUACACCUCACCACAUCUGGUCACAGUGAGGGAACGAAUCUGCCUGGACGGCGAGGCCAUCUCCCAGGACAAGUUCACGACGUACUUCUUCGAGGUGUGGAACCGGCUCUCCGACGCGGCAAGGAAAGCUGGCGACAAGCUGCCCGAUGGUGAUGAGCUGGGCGCAGAUGGACCGUCGACGAAGCCAUUUUACUUUCGCUUCUUGACACUGCUUGCGUUCCAUGCAUUUCUGAAGGAGGGGGUCAAGUCUGCGGUUAUUGAGUGUGGUAUUGGGGGCGAGUAUGACUCUACCAACGUGCUCCCUCCGGAGGCGGUUACUGUUUCGGCCGUAACGCAGUUGGGCAUCGAUCAUGUUGCCAUGCUGGGCGACACAGUGGAGAAGAUUGCGUGGAACAAGGCUGGCAUUUUCAAGCAGGGCGUGCCAGCGUUUUCCUACCAGGCUGGUGCGUCCGAGGGAGACAGCGUUCUGAAGGUGUUGAAUGAUCGGGCACAUGAGAAGGGCACCGCUCUGGAUUCGAUUGGCAGCAAAGUUCUUGAGACAUGGGCAGGAGUGCAAGAUGCUCAGCUGGAGGGAGCCUUUCAAAAGGCCAACAUGGCUCUCGCCUCAGUCGUCUCGAGGCGGCAUCUGCAGUCCUUAGGCCACAAAUUUGAGCUCCCUUUCUUCGAAAGCGGAGGCUCACCACUCCCCAGCAAGCUAGGCGACAUGCCUGGACAAUUCAUCACCGGCCUCCAAACUGCAACACUCCGAGGGCGCUGCGAAACGAUCACACAUGAUCGCAUACAGUGGUACCUCGAUGGCGCACACACCGAAGACAGCCUCAUCCAGGUCGGUCGGUGGUAUGCCGGCAAAAUUUCAGAGGAGGACUCUAUCCGGAUUCUCAUUUUCAACCAGCAAGAUCGUGAUUCUGCCAGUCUCCUGAAGACGCUCCUCGAGACCAUUCUGGAGGAGACCAAGAUCCCCAACCAGAAAAUUUUCCACCACGCCUUCUGCCCAACCAACGAGCCCAAUAGCUUUAUGAAGAAACCAGACUUCACCGUUCAGAGGAAGAACUGCGAUGUCAUCCGGCAGUUCUGCCCAUUUACUGCGGCAAUACCCGCAGACAGCAUAUCGACUGCGCUGGACAUGGCGAGGAACGUGAUGCUUGGGUCGAAGAAGAGCAAGGAUAAUUUCAAGGUGCAAGUACUGGUCACGGGCAGCUUUAACCUGGUGGGACCAGCGCUGAAGCUGUUGGAGCCGGGUGGUGAACCCUAG